GUGAUUCGUGCCGGUCUUCUUUCGGGAAAGCUCUCGCAGACUACUCGAUCUCUGCAUGUUUCUCGUUCGUCAGCGCGCACGUUCGAGCGAGAGCAGUGGGAGGCACUGGGAAAGCGUCUUGUUGCGUGGAAGGCGGGCCUAGCGAGCGUGCUG